UGAAAUGAAGAAUAAUUGUUUUUUAAUGGGGAAAAAUGGGGACUUCAUUUUAAAUUAUUUUUGAAAGUAGAACUUUACCUGAACAAUUCAUAUUUUAUGUUUAAACAGUGGAUUUUUAGUUUCCAAAUAAAUAUAACAGAUUGUAUAUUAAGAAGAUCAAAAUGAAAUUCGAAGUCUUACCAGUAUCUGAAGAAAUCACUGAUGUGAUAUGGGUAUGUUUAAGAAAAAAAUUUUAUCACACAGAUAAUUGAUGCAAUGCUUUAGAUUUUUCCUGAUAUCUCUGUGACUGAUAGCUUAUUAAAAUCUGCAACUAUGAGAUACAUUGGCAACUUUUGUGAAACAGUGAACAGUCAUUGCAACUGACAAUUCAUAAUAUUUCUAUUUCAGAAUAUUGUGUAAUGUGUAUUUCCAAUCUUGUUAUAGCUAUCUCAUUGAGGAUCAGAUUCUGCUGGCCUUACUCAUGUCAAGUAAUUUCUUACACUGCAAGUAAUCUCAUUGAUUCGGCUCGGAGAAUGAUGGCAAAACCAUGCCAUAGUGACUAAAAGCAACAGUUGCUUCUUUCAGUCUUUGACAGCUGCAAGAGCAACUCUUUUUUCCACACCAUCCACCCUGAAUUCCGACCUACGGACCUUUGUGCAGGCAACAGCUAAAGGUUUCCGCUCCCUGCCCCUUCCAAGAUUUUAGCAAAAUGGAUUCUCAGAGGGAACUCACUGAAGAACUCAGACUUUACCAAUCCACCCUUCUUCAGGAUGGCCUCAAGGAACUCCUAGAAGAGAAAAAGUUUAUAGAUUGCUCCCUGAAAGCUGGUGACAGAAGCCUGCCUUGCCACAGAUUGAUUCUGUCAGCCUGUAGCCCUUAUUUUCGUGAGUAUUUCUUAUCUGAGCAAAAUGAAGAGAAAAAGAAGGAGGUAGUUCUAGAUAAUGUUGACCCCAAUGUCCUGGAUAUGAUAGUCAAAUACCUUUAUUCUGCAAGUAUUGAUCUUAAUGAUUCUAAUGUGCAAGAUAUUUUUGCUUUGGCCAGUCGCUUUCAGAUCCCUUCUGUAUUCACUGUGUGCGUUUCCUACCUUCAGAAGAGGCUUGCUGUUGGUAAUUGUUUGGCCAUCCUUCGAUUAGGUCUUCUGCUUGACUGUCCAAGACUUGCAUUUUCUGCUCGUGAUUUUGUCUCAGAUCAUUUUGUGCAGAUUUGCAAAGAAGAGGACUUCAUGCAGCUUGCCCCCCAUGAACUUAUCUCAGUUAUUACACCUGACAGCCUAAAUGUAGAGAAGGAAGAACUGGUAUUUGAAGCAGUAAUGAAAUGGGUCCGGACAGACAAGGAGAACAGAGUAAAGAGCCUGGGAGAAGUUUUUGACUGCAUUCGUUUUCGUCUCAUGCCAGAAAAAUAUUUCAAAGAUCAUGUUGAGAAGGAUGAUAUAAUUAAAAGCAACUCGGAGCUUCAGAAAAAAAUAAAGAUCAUUAAGGAUGCUUUUGCUGGAAAACUACCUGACUCCAGCAAAAGCACAGAAAAGUCAAACAAAGGGGAAGUAAAUGGUGAUGUAGGAGAUGAAGAUUUACUCCCUGGGUACCUAAAUGACCUUCCCAGGCAUGGCAUGUUUGUCAAAGACCUAAUUCUUCUUGUUAAUGACACUGCUGCAGUAGCUUAUGAUCCUCUUGAAAAUGAAUGCUACCUAGCAGCCCUGGCAGAACAGAUUCCCAGAAAUCAUUCCAGCAUAGUCACCAAACAAAAUCAGGUCUACAUUGUUGGAGGACUCUAUGUGGAAGAGGAGAACAAGGAUCAGCCUUUCCAGUCAUACUUCUUCCAGCUGGAUGACAUUGCUGGCGAGUGGCUUGCCCUUCCUCCACUGCCGUCAGCCAGGUGUCUCUUUGGGCUGGGAGAAUCAGACAACAAAAUCUAUGUAAUUGCAGGCAAGGACCUUCGCACUGAGGAAUCUCUAGAUUCAGUACUAUGCUAUGAUCCUGUGGCAAUAAAAUGGGGUGAGAUCAAAAAGCUUCCCAUCAAAGUAUAUGGCCAUGCUACUGUCUCAAAUAAUGGACUGAUAUAUGCUCUCGGAGGAAAAACUGAUGACAAGAAAUGUACUAAUAGAGUAUUUGUGUACAAUUCAAAGAAAGGAGACUGGAGAGAUCUGGCUCCAAUGAAAGUGGCUCGCUCAAUGUUUGGAACAGCUAUCCAUAAGGGCAAGAUUGUGAUUGCAGGUGGCGUCACUGAAGAAGGCCUUACUGCAUCUGUUGAAGCUUUUGAUCUGACCACUAAUAAGUGGGAGAUUAUGCCUGAAUUUCCCCAAGAGAGAAGUUCUAUCAGUUUAGUCACCUUAAGUGGAUCUUUAUAUGCUAUUGGAGGCUUUGCAAUGAUUCAGCUUGAAUCUAAAGAAUUUGCACCCAGUGAAGUCACUGACAUAUGGAAGUACGAUGAUGAGAAGAAGGAAUGGAGUGGCAUACUGAAAGAGAUCCGAUAUGCUACUGGAGCCUCUUGCCUAGUUACACGCUUAAACCUAUUCAAGCUAUCAAAACUGUAAAUAAAAUGCUGGAAAAAUA